AGAGACCCAAUCAAGGCCCAGCCCGGGCUGAUCGCGUGCCCGGUAUCAUGGCGGCCUGCAGGCAUUGCUGCUGCUCGUGCCUCCGGCUCCGGCCGCUUAGCGGUGGUCCGCUCCGUCUGCCAGGGCGGAAUCGCACACUCACCCAAUUGCAGGUGCGAGCACUAUGGGGUGGCUCGGGGUCCCGAACCGUGGCUGUGGACUUAGACAGCAGAAAAUUAGAAAUAUCCUCUGGAAAACUGGCCAGAUUUGCAGAUGGCUCUGCUGUAGUACAGUCAGGUGACACUGCAGUGAUGGUCACAGCGGUCAGUAAAACAAAACCUUCACCUUCCCAGUUCAUGCCCUUAGUGGUUGACUAUAGACAGAAGGCUGCUGCAGCAGGUAGAAUUCCCACAAACUAUCUUAGAAGAGAGAUUGGAUCUUCUGAUAAAGAAAUUCUCACAAGUCGAGUAAUAGAUCGUUCAAUUAGACCUCUCUUUCCAGCUGGUUACUUUUAUGAUACACAGAUCCUUUGUAAUCUGUUAGCAGUAGAUGGUGUUAAUGAGCCUGAUGUCCUAGCAAUUAAUGGUGCUUCUGUAGCCCUCUCGUUAUCAGAUAUUCCUUGGAAUGGACCUGUUGGGGCAGUACGAAUAGGAAUGAUUGAUGGAGAAUGUAUUGUUAACCCAACACGAAAAGAAAUGUCUUCUAGUACUUUAAAUUUAAUAGUUGCUGGAGCACCUAAAAGUCAGAUUGUCAUGUUGGAAGCCUCUGCAGAGAAUAUUUUGCAGCAGGACUUUUGCCAUGCUAUCAAAGUGGGAGUAAAAUAUACACAACAAAUAAUUCAGGGCAUCCAGCAGUUGGUGAAAGAAAUUGGUGUUACCAAGAGGACACCUCAGAAGUUGUUUAUCCCUUCACCAGACAUUGUGAAACACGCUCAUAAAUUCGCCAUGGAAAAACUCUAUGCAGUUUUUACAGAUCAUGAACAUGAUAAAAUUUCCAGAGAUGAAGCUAUUAACAAGAUAAGAUUAGAUACAGAGGAACAACUAAAAGAAAAAUUUCCAGAAGUAGAUUCAUAUGAAAUAAUUGAAUCCUUCAAUGUUGCUGCAAAGGAGGUUUUUAGAAGUAUUAUUUUGAAUGAAUACAAAAGAUGUGAUGGUCGAGAUUUGACUUCACUUAGGAAUAUAAAUUGUGAGGUAGAUAUGUUUAAAAUUCUUCACGGAUCAGCAUUAUUUCAAAGGGGACAAACACAGGUGCUUUGUACUGUUACAUUUGAUUCAUUAGAAUCCAGCAUUAAGUCAGACCGAAUUAUAACAGCUAUAAAUGGGAUAAAAGAUAAAAAUUUCAUGCUGCAUUAUGAGUUUCCUCCUUAUGCAACUAAUGAAAUUGGCAAAGUCACUGGUGUAAACAGAAGGGAACUUGGUCAUGGUGCUCUUGCUGAGAAAGCUUUGUAUCCCGUUAUUCCUAAAGAUUUUCCUUUCACCAUAAGAGUCACAUCUGAAGUACUAGAGUCAAAUGGAUCAUCUUCUAUGGCAUCUGCAUGUGGCGGAAGUUUAGCAUUAAUGGAUGCAGGGGUUCCAAUUUCAUCUGCUGUCGCAGGUGUGGCAAUAGGAUUGGUUACCAAAAACAAUGCUGACAAGGGUGAAAUAGAAGAUUAUCGUUUGCUGACAGAUAUUCUGGGAAUUGAAGAUUACCAUGGUGAUAUGGAUUUCAAAAUAGCCGGCACUAGUAAGGGAAUAACUGCAUUACAGGCUGAUAUUAAAUUACCUGGAAUACCAGUAAAAAUUGUAAUGGAGGCCAUUCAGCAAGCCUCAGUGGCAAAGAAGGAGAUAUUACAGAUUAUGAACAAAGCUAUUUCAAAACCUCGAGCAUCUAGAAAAGAAAAUGGACCUGUUGUAGAAACUGUUCAGGUUCCAUUAUCAAAACGAGCAAAAUUUGUUGGACCAGGUGGAUAUCAUUUAAAAAAACUUCAAGCUGAAACAGGAGUCACUAUUAGUCAGGUGGACGAAGAAACAUUUUCUGUAUUUGCUCCAACACCCAGUGCUAUGCAUGAAGCAAGAGACUUCAUUACUGAAAUCUGCAAAGAUGAUCAAGAGCAGCAAUUAGAAUUCGGAGCAGUGUAUACCGCCACAAUAACUGAAAUCAGAGACAGUGGAGUUAUGGUUAAACUAUAUCCAAAUAUGACUGCUGUACUGCUUCACAACACACAGCUUGAUCAACGAAAGAUUAAACAUCCCACUGCUUUAGGAUUAGAAGUUGGCCAAGAAAUUCAGGUGAAAUACUUUGGACGUGAUCCAGCUGAUGGAAGAAUGAGGCUUUCUCGUAAAGUGCUCCAGUCUCCAGCUACAACUGUUGUCAAAACUUUAAAUGAAAGAAGCAGUAUCGUAAUGGGAGAACCUGUUUCACAGUCAUCAUCUAAUUCUUCCCGCUUUAUUCUUCUAUGCAAAUGGAUUUUCAGAGCAUGGGGCAAAGAUGGCGAUUCCACAGGAAGUUACUUGUCUCCGAGUUCAGAUUCUCCUGGAGGAGAAAAUGAUAGGCUCAGCUUGAGAAAGGUGUCAAACCUGAGUAGGAUUGCCAGAUAAAAUUAACAGAAUGCCAACUGAAAUUGGAAUUUCAGGUUUUGAAGAGCUAUGUCAGCAGUGAGUUUGCCCCAUCCCCUGGGGUCCUGGCCAGGGUUAAAUCUUAUGUCCCAAAACGUAUCUCAAGUCAAUGAAAUUUUUAUUAGCCAGACUUAACCUCCAACCUCCUUGAUCAAGCACCCUCAAAAUCCAAUCCCAAGUGUACUUCUCUGGCUCCUGCUAGUACAUGCUAGCUUAUUUCAGUUACUUCAGUGUGUAGUCUUCUUCCUACCUUAUCAGGCCCAGCAGUCCCCAGCAGAGUAUGCUGAGGUUUAACCCUAGUUACCACAGCCUCUCAGCUAAGAGAAGAAACGGGAGCAACUAUGGAAGAGGUCUUUCUGCAAAGGGGUGGGCAGUGUUACCUCUUGCUAGGCAUUAUGAGCCAUUUCUGCAAGCCCUGAUGACCCAGGGGUGUCUACAGAGCCAAAAUCCUCAGGGACACCAUCCCUAGUUUCAAAGCUUCAUACUUUUCCCAACCAGGGCCCUAGAUGCAUAGCAGACCUCCCUAGGCUGAACAUCAAACACCUUUAGAGCUCUGUAACUGUCAAAUCUCAUGUCUGUUCUUCCACUGCAGGAAAUAAGGGCCUCUUAUGAAGCCUAAAGUGUCACCCUGGCUCCCAAACUUAGUUCUUAACUGUAUUAAGUGCCUCAUUUCAUUUUCCUUCUGCAAGGCAAUAGUACAACUUAAUCUAUCCUUGUAAGCAUUGUUUCCCCCAUACCUUUCAAAUCCUGAAUCACUGAAUAGGCAACAGCAUUCUUCCUCCUUCUAGAAUGUUUUCCUAGGUCACUACUGGUGUAGUCAGUAGUCACUUUGUGCCAGAGGCUGAGUAAACCAUUCCCCAAACCCCAUCUUACUGCCUGAUUUCUGGCACCCCUCCCCAUAUUACCAAUGUCAGUUCUGUCCUCAGGCAUAUGCCAAUAAAGGAUUACUCAUACAAGAUACUGACUGGGGGAAGUGUCUGUGAAGGAUAAAGUAAGUGGGCUCAGGAAUUGACAAGGAGAGCCCACAUACCACAGUGCAAGUCUGACCUCUGUAAAAGGAGGGAGGGAAGGAAAUACUGGAUAGAAAGAACUUCAGACUAUUGUAAUUCCAAGAAAGUCUCAUCCAGGCUGGUAAGUUCCUCAAGCCAAAGAUGCCCAUUAGAGGAGUUCUGCUUUGGACAGAAAGGACAAAUUUUGUACCCCUGCUAUGCUCAAUCACCAGCUGGGAGCAGCUGGAGCUAUCUGUGGCUUCAGCACAAACAUAAUGGUGUAUCCAAAAGGGUGGCAGCUGGCUGUCAACUAUGUUCCCCAAAGCAAGUUCUCUUUAAGGAGAUCUGAGUGGUGUACUUAUGGCCACCACACCAAAUAUCAAAACAAAUUACAGCAAUUAAAACUCAUACUAGAGUUGAUCAAAUAAAAUAAUGGAAAAAUAAUGAAUUCAGACUCAAAUCCAGAUAUAUGUAUAUAAUUGUGUGUGUCUGUGAAUUUAAUAAAGAGUAUGAUCUAAGUAGCAUUUCAACAAGAGAAUGAAUCAUCUCCACAAAAAAUCAAAGGAUCAGGGGUGAGAAUUUGAGGGCAGGGUAAGUCUACACAGAGGGGCUAUAGGCCUGGGUCCACUUCCCUAUCCCUAUUACCAAAAGACUCCCCUCCACACACAUAUACACAUUCAUACCCAUACAUGCCCAUGUAACACUGCCACUGCCACCUUAGAAGAAUGAUUUAUUUUCUGAAACUGGAGAAACUUUUGACUUGGGGACACUUGUCACAGGAGAUAGUGGGAGAUUGUGAAACAGGGUUAAAAGUGGGAAUUAAGUGAAAGCCUGAAUACCAAAUAGUUGGAUCUCUAGUCUUCCUCUGUCUUUACUCAGGCAGGAUAUAGGGGAAUACCUGGAGAAACUUACAUUCCCCCAAAGAAAAGACUUCUAAAAACAUCUGGUAAGAGUUAGGGGAGGGGCUGUGAUGGGAAAAGGAAAUCACCCAAGGGAAGACCAAUAGUCUGUAACCUUGCUCUUGAGAGUAGAGAGGCAGGGUUUGGUAGGUGUCAAUUGGUGAAGAGCUUUAUAUGCCAUCCUACAGAACUUUAUCCCAUUAGAAAUCAGAAACUAUGGAAGAUGUUAAAAUAAUAUGAAUUUGUUUCACGUAUCACUCAGUGGUGUAUCAAGAAUUGACUGCUUGGAGAUAGA